GUAUGAAUAUCGUGAGAGAAUUAAGCUUAAUGGAUAAUUUUACUGUGUUUCUAGUAUUUCUUGUGACAUUCCUAGUUGUGUACAUCUCUACGAGACGCCUUACAGGGGUACCCCCGGGUCCACCCUGUUGGCCAUUUAUAGGGAACCUGGGUUCGCUAGCUGGGACAGAUACACUUCACACUUUGAGGAAAUUAAGAGAAAAAUAUGGAGACGUAUACGGGCUAUAUAUUGGAUCAGAGCUGACAGUUGUGCUAAAUGGUUAUAGUGCCAUCCAUGAAGCUCUUGUUAAGAAGGGAUCAUUGUUUAUGUUCCGACCAGACAACUACUUUACGAGAAACCAGGAACUAAAAGGUGGCAUCUUAUUUGAGAAUGGAAAAGAAUUUAAGGCGAGAAGAACGUUUGUCAUGAACUCCAUUAGGGAACUGUGCUAUAGCAGAAACGGCGCUGUUCUAGAGACAUUGAUUUAUGAUGAGCUGACCUGUCUGACGGACCACAUCGACUCAUUAGAGGAACCUUCCUGUCUACGAAAGCCUUUAUCUUUAAGCUUGGCAAAUGUCAUUUUCAGCAUUUUACACGGGCGCAGAGCAGGAUAUAACAAUGGGAGAUUUAACUGGUAUCUUAAAACGUUAGAGACUGGCUUCAAAGACUUUACAGCCAACCAGAUCAAAUGUUACUGCUUCCCGUUUCUCCGUUAUUUGCCUGGAGACCUGUUGGGCGAAAAGUGGUGUGCCAAAACAAGUAGGGAGUUGCACAAGUAUUUCGAUGAAAUGUGUCGGACACAGUUCGAAACUUAUGAAGAAGGAAGACAGUCAUGUAUAGUGGACUUUCUUCUACAAGAGGACUCUCCUAGUACCAAGGAGACGUUAUGGCGAACGUUACAUGAACUGAUGGCCGCUGGUAGCGAAACUUCAGCCACCACGCUCAACUGGCUGAUUCAGCUUUUAGUCGUAUUUCCAGACACACAGGAGAAAUUGUACAACGAAAUUGUCAAAAGUAUCAGAGACGACGCACCGUCAGUUAGAGACAAGGGUUCUAUUCCAUAUGUCGAGGCCACUAUCUUAGAGACUCUUCGCAUUGGGAGUAAUAUUCCCCUAUCUAUGCCACACUUCACUCUGGAUGAUGUGUUUUUCCGAGGUUAUCUCAUUCCUAAGGGAACAACCAUACUGCCGAACUUGGCGUCUGUUCAUUAUGAUCCUCUCAUAUUCCAAGAUCCUCUAACUUUCAAACCCGAGCGAUUCUUGGAUAAAGAUGAAUUAAGGGUUAUACCUAGUAGCAAUGUUAUUCCCUUUUCUCUCGGUCAGCGUUCCUGCCUUGGUGAGAGUUUGGCUCGAAUCGAGUUAUUUAUGUAUAUUACAGUUCUGGUUAAAAGAUACAAAUUUGUAAAACCAGAUAAGUCAGGCAUGCCAAGUCUGAAGGGUGUAUUUGGAAUAACACAUCGCCCACUGGACUAUCCUGUGAACGUUAUCAGAAGAUAGUUUUGGUGUAAUAGUACGCUGAUGAGAGGUUGCACUUUUUACUGUUGU